UCACCCGCGAGCGCGCAAACAACAAUACAAUUUAUCGGAAACUGAUAAUCAUUUCAUGCCGAAAUCUAGAGUUAUACAAAGAAACUGUGUAUGUGUGUGUAAUAAAAUUUCGUUGAAUAUCUCGGACUAAAGUGUAACUACCAAUAUUUGUUUAAGAACUUUUGCUUGUGAUAAUUAUGUUGUAAAUUUUUAACUAAACUCUGACCUGUUUAAUCAUAAUACGUGUAACUAGAAGCAUUUAUUAAUUCCACAAGAUAAAAUAAUAUAAUUCCUGUUAAGACCAACGCGUAAACAAAUAAAAAAACAAGCUUCCUACUAUUUUAAGCACAUCGUAAACUGUGCAAACUGAAGCACAUAAACAAGAUGGCUUCUAACCGGCACGCGAGUUCACUUAUAAAUCACAAUACGUUUAUUUGUGUUCUCAUCUGCCUCUUGCUUCCAUCUGCGCCAAAGAGUGCGGCGAGGACGUUUGAUGAUAACCGGCGAGUGCCCAAUGAAGACGGAGGACGAAGACUGACCCGAGAAUACGAUCUGAGACAGGGUGCACUCAGAGGGUUAAUUGUAAAACCAAGUCGUCAAUACGACUUGCAAAAUGUUGAAAUGUUUUUGGGUAUACCUUACGCUGCACCACCCGUGGGCAACUUCCGUUUUAUGCCACCGGCCAGUGCACCGUCAUGGUCCGGUGUAAAGAUGGCAACACGAUUUGCUCCUGUGUGUCUACAAUCGCUUCCUGUGAAAAAAAAAGAUGAUCCACAGUCCUUGGGUAGGCAGCGGUACAUGGAGCGGCUGGAGCCAUUUUUAGCACAUGAGUCAGAAGACUGUCUAUACCUUAAUAUCUACGUUCCUUAUAGAGAACAAAAACCAAAAAAGUUUCCUGUAUUAGUAUUCAUCCAUGGCGAUUCCUUUGAAUGGAGUACUGGAAAUGCAUACGACGGUAGAAUCUUGGCUUCGUAUGGAAAUAUCAUGGUUAUAACCUUAAAUUAUCGUUUGGGUAUUUUAGGUUUUCUGAAGCCAAGCAUGACUGAAUAUGUAUACAAUAAUAAUGGUCUUCUUGAUCAACUGGCUGCAUUACAAUGGAUCAAGGACAAUAUUGAAGAUCUCAAUGGGGAUCCCAGCUCCGUCACAUUAAUGGGUCACGGGACCGGGGCUGCAUGCGUUAGUUUUCUGAUGCUGUCGCCUAUAUCUAAUGGACUAUUUCAUCGGGCUAUUCUCAUGUCUGGGUCUGCGUUAUCCGACUGGGCAUUGACAAAAGACCCCACGCAAUAUACCUUACAAGUAGCUCAAAGUCUAGGAUGUAAUCCAACAUCUAAAUAUUUAAUGACUUGUUUGCAGAAUAAGCCAUUAUCAGAAAUAAAAAAAAUUCAAAUCCUGGCGAGGGAAUUUGAAACUCCGCUUGGACCAGUCGUGGCUGGUUCGUUCAUACCCGACAAGCCGUCCAAAAUCAUGGCUUCUUAUCCUAAUCUCUUGAGCAAGUAUCAACUUUUAAGCGGAGUUACGGAAUAUGAAACCUAUCACGAUUUCGGGGCUAUCGAACUUGAACAUGGUAUUUUGGAAACUCAGCGUGACGAAUUCAUUACUAAAUAUAUUAAGUUAAUAUUUGAAGGUGCCGACGAUGUGCCCAUAAAAGAUAUAUUGAAACAAUACGCCCCUUCAAAGCUAGAUCCUCAAAGAUGGAACGUCGAAACGAACCGUGACGUAAUCCUCAAUCUAUUCAGCGACGCCAGGACUCUGUCACCCCUAAUUAGUUUUGCUAAUUAUCAUUCUAAAGCAAAUGCGCAAUCAUACUUCUAUGUGUUCGGGCAUAAUUCAAUUAGCACACAUUACGCUGCACUAAAUAAAAGUGUCCACGGAGAAGAAUUGCCUUAUGUAUUGGGAGCACCUCUGGGGGGUGCCAAUAAUCACUUUCAUUCCGAAUACACACCGAAAGAAAAACUGCUGAGUGAAGCUAUAAUGAGAUUAUGGACUAACUUUGUAAAAAUUGGGACGCCCAAUACGCAGAGUGUAAACGAAUAUUUUACUUUAGACCGUAGGCAAUGGGAUCAAUAUAACGUUGAAUGGCCAGAGUACAACGAGGAGCAUAAAUCGUAUUUAAAAUUAGAAAUUCCGCCUUUAGUAAGCAGUUUUUACAGAUCCCGCUAUACCAAGUUUUGGAUUAACACCUUGCCUAAUAAUAUGACGAAAUUUGUCCGAGACCCUUUAUACGAGUUUACGCUUAUGCCGACAACACAAAAGCCAAAAGUGGUUAACAGAGCACAAGAUCCUAUAAGAAGAAUUUGGACACCGACUAUCAUUGAAACGCCUAGUGUUAAUUCGCCAAUGUAUGGUAGAGUAAAACCUUAUUCUCCGCCAGUCUAUUCCCCAAAUACUGACUCUAUUUACCAUGAAAUACAAUCAAUAAAAUCACCGUCUAGAACUAUUUCACCGAAAAUAAUAGAGAAAAGUACAAUUUAUUCUUCAACCUCAAAACCUAAAAAUCUCAACGAUGUUCAAGUAAAAACAUCCACAUCAACAAUUACUCUUAUUGUGUCACUGGGAAUCCUUUUUCUAGCAGUAAAUGUUGGAAUUUGCGCCGUCUUAUGUUUCAAGAAGAGAAAUAUCAAUUUACGGGAAAACAUGGUACAACUUAAUCGUCGAAACCGCGCAAAUGUUGGCGAGGUUGACAUAAUCGGUCAAAAAAAGUCAAAAGAUGAUAAGAAUGCUCUUCAAACGCUAAAAACUAGUUGUAGCGUUAUAAAAUCAAUGAGUCUUAGUAAGAUGAGAGGCAAUCAGAAUGUAAAAAAUAAACAAGAAUUGUGCAAAACGCCUAAAUCAGACGAUUCAGGUGGUUUCCGAGAACGAUUCCAACUCAGGCGACAUCUUUCAACUAGUACUUUAGAUGCACAUACUAAAGUAAGGGACUGGAUAGCGAAUGAAGUAAUGCAUAGAUGCUCACCUAAUAUAAUGCGAACAUCUAAUAAUGCACUUAACGUCAACAAUCCAUCUGCUCCUCCUAACAUAUUUACAAGAUCAGAAGAAUUACUACCGAAUGCUAAAAUUCCUAAAACAUUACACAUCAUAACUGAUUUCGGGCGAAAAGAAUCUAUACUACAUAAUGCCAAUUGUCAAAAAAACACCUCAGUUUCUAAAUUUAGUUCAUCAUCAUCCAUUUCUAGUCAUAAAAAAUCAAUCAAUUCUAGUAUUAAAGAUGCAGGUAAAUCAACGGACUCUAUAAAAAGCAAGAAUACCGAAAGCUCUGCCUCUAAAAAGGUUUCUGUAGCAAUAGACGCAACACCAACGGCUCGGACAAAUUCUAUACUUCAACAAGAACCUAUAGAGCUACAAAAGUCAGUCAAAAGAACUGACCAGAAACAUUCCGAAAAUGAAAAUAAGGAUACUAAAAUUAAAUUUACUAACGAAGUAACGUUGUCUAUAGAAAAAGAUGAGACUUUUUUAAAAAUAUCUCAUAAACAUUCCACUUCAGAUCCAGUCACAGACGUGAACUACGACAAUAUUUUUAAAAACACAAUUAAGGCAUAUAAAGGAUUAGAAGAUAUAUUGCCACCUGUUACGUUCCGAAAUGAUAUUAAUGUUACGUCUGCAAGUGACAGUGUAAAAGUAGAGCCCUUAUCAACAUCAGAAGCUCUGCUGACAAUUAAGAGGAGGAAUUUUCCAAAAGUUUUGCCAGAUUUACCUCAACUGCAAAAAAGGUUUUCUUUGCAGCCUACAGCUCUGCAAACAUUUCGUCAUUACAAAAGAAGUAUAGAAAGUGAUUCAGCUUCUCUUAAGGUUCCUCCACAACCACCACCAAGAACAACAACUUUGGAUCGUCGUCUCGCGUAUAAAUAUACCAAACCAUUGUCUUCUUUUGAAUCAUCCGAUGCAGGUAGAAAUGUCAAAUAUAAUAAUUCUCCUAUUAACUAUGAGAAUAUUGAUGAAUUUUCAACGCGAAAAGCGAGCACUUAUAAAGGCGGAGAUUCCAUUGUAACUUCUCAGAACAGAGAAUAUCCAAAAGUAAUAAUAUCGUCUGAUGAUGCAAUUAAUGUAUCCGUGUCUGAUUUUAUUCAAGCAUCACCGAGUUUAACAAGUAUGUCGAGUAACGUACCAAGAGUGAGAUUGCCUGACAAUUUUCAUACUUGUAACGACUACUCAGUAGCAUCAUUUUCUUCAGUUUGUUCUGACGAUGACAUGGAUAUUUUGGAAUGUGACUUCACCGAAGACUUAGGUGAAGAUAAACUCAUUCAAGAGUUAGUGGGACGGGUAGACUCUCCUACUAAUUCCGAGGACAUGUUAGAUUCGAAGGGUCCAGCAACAAUACAUGAGAAAAAAAUGGAAAUAGUUCCAGUGAAAAUAAAUACUACUUAUACGGUUCCAAUAUCUAAAGAAAAUUACGUGUGCAUAACAGAUUUACAACUACCGAAUGACUCAUGUGUUGAAAAAACAGCCCAAAUCAAACCUAACUACGGUAUUAGUAAAUUACAACAAAGAAGUGAAGGUAUUCAUAGACCCUCAGAAAAAGCGGUAAAAGUAAUACAAAGGGGUUUUAUACGAUCCUCUACGAUAUUAAACCGAAGUUUAAAAAGUGCAAUAAGUAAUGAUAAAAGUGAUCAAAACAAACUAGAACAUUCAAAUUCCGGUUCAUCUAACGAUACAGAAGCUAGUACUGGUACCGUGAAGAAAAUGGAAAUCUCGAAAAAGAGCAAAUGACAUUUCUUUAAAAAUUCUAAUAUUAGUAUCAUUUAAUUUCAGAAAUAAAUCCUUUAGGUAAACCAAACCUGUGAUCUUUUGUGGGCGCUAAUAACCCCUUAGCCCCGUUAAAGGACUUUAACCACGUAUUCCCAACGGCUUUAAGAGUAAAAAAAGUUAAAUCAACGUAGGUCUCAUUUUUGCAUUUUUAUUUACUGCCCUUUUGAAUAAAGCUACUUAAUAGCGAGCG